AUGUCUGACCUCACCGCCAACGAUACCCCCGUUCCGUCCAUCGAGACCCAGUCCGGGUCUGGACUGGAGAACGCGAAGAACACCGUUGUCAACAAUGCCUCCGCAGCCGCCAACGCAGUCAAGAACCACCCAAUAACCCAGAGCGUCACCAACGGCCCUGUUGCAGAGAAUAUCAAGGAUCAACACACAAAGACAACAUCUGAAUUCUCCAACCUCGCUGCUUCGCGCACAACGCCGGCCACACCUGCCGCUACAGGCCAACAACUCACACCCUACCACUCCUUCUUCACGAGUCUCCUGUCGUGGAACAACCCCCGAGCUUCCGCCAUCGCCUAUCUCUCCGUCGUGUUGUUUAUCUUCGCUGCCCGAUACCUCGAUGUCCUCCGAUAUGCAAUGAAGCUUACAUGGGUCACUUUGGCCAUCACUGUUGCAGCUGAGGUUACGGGAAAGGCUCUGUUCUCGACUGGGUUUACCUCGCAGAUCCGCCCAAGGAAAUACUAUACAGUGUCAAAGGCCACCUUGGAUUCCUUCAUGGGCGAUUUGACCGAGAUCAUCAACUUCUUCGUUAUUGAAUCUCAGCGUAUUGUCUUUGCCGAGAAUGUCUUUGCUUCUGCUGCCGCCUUCGUCGGAGCUUUCCUGUCCUACUACCUGAUCAAGAUCGUCCCAUUCUGGGGCCUUACCCUGAUCUCCACAUCCGUCCUCUUCCUCAGCCCGCUCAUCUAUAAGACCAACCAAGAGCUUAUCGACCACCACCUCAAGAACGCCUCCAACAUGAUCAACCAACAAACCGAGCAAGUCAAGCAACUCGCAAGCCACCACGCCGCACGAGCCACCGAGACUACAAAGCAAUAUGUUGGAGAAUACUCUGCCAAGGCUCAGGAGAUGAUCGGUAGCCGCAGCCGCUCUGUCUCCCCUACCAUCACCAAAGCUGAGCCCACCAUGAAGGAGAACGUCCCUGCUUAUAAAAGCGAGGAUUUCCCUGCUGCGCCGAAGGAGGAGUUCAAGUCUGUGCCAACUACUGAGUCCGCUGCUGAGGGUUUGAGAGAACCAAGCAGCGAGGAGGAGCCGUUGAUUGCUACAUAA